AAAUUUAGUCAGCAUCGAGCUUUCGGCGGACUAUGUUGCGCCCUUUGAACCCUCCGUGCUAGGAUAUAGAGUGCCGCGUGCGGCCGAAUGUUCACUUCCACCGUUGUUUGUGCGUUCAGUGCGGAGUUGGAGCACCAGAGGAUAUACCUACAACGGACGAUCGGAGACGGGUGCCCUACAAAAACAAAAGGGAAAAAUCACUUUUGACGUAUCCGGUGGCGGGUUGUUGUUUUUGCUUUGUUUUGUUAUGUUUUUUUUUGCGGCCGUCAAUUAGUGGAUACUUUUCGACCUGCGAGUUCCGGUCUGGGUGCGACUGACUGCACCCAAAUGAGCUGUUGUAAUUUCAGUGCGUAACGUGGGAAAAGCGCGCCAAUUAUAAACGAUGACUGCGUGCUCCCAGCGGAGUGCAAUAGAAGCUAAUUGAAAGAGACCCUCCGACAGCGAUUAGGCGGUGUUGAUUUGCUUUGAAACUGUGGCACCUACCGACGGCUGUUGUUUGAUUUCGUCGGAAUGCUGCGGGGCUUUUGAUGAUCUUGUCAGUGUGAGGGAAAAUCCGCUGCGAUGCAAUGAAAUGACUACACUACGUUGUGUUACACUGGGCCAUAUCAUCGGGAAAAAUGGAGAUUUGUUAGCUUGUUGUUGUGCCGUUUUUGAUAGCGUUUCUGUAAAUCAUAAAAUUCUUGCUAUGGUGAAAAUUUUUGCUUUUGAAAGAAAACCGAAUACUAAAAUGUUCAAGUGAAAAACCGAAGGCUUUAAUUAUAUUGGUAAUCAAUUUGAGAACCGUACAGAUUUUGUAAUUAGGAGCAAUCAAGAAAAUUGUUUACAGCUCAUAAAGUAAUGCUAGAAGCGUUGAAAUAGAAUUCGAUUAAUGGAAAGUUUUCGGAUGGAUUCGGAAAAUUUCGGUAGUGGCAAUUAGCGCGGGACUUCCAAAACAGAUCAACAGUUCCGGAAGAAACGCAUCGCGAAAACGAUGGUUUUUGGGCUGCCUCCGAGCAUCGCAGUGAAAGUUUCAAUUGGUCAAAAAGCGUGAGUUGGCCCAACAGGAGCAGUGUAAAAUCGUAUGAACGAGGUAGAAAAAAAAAGAUUAAAAUGAAUUCAAUUAUCGUCCAAACUUUUUGAACGUGUUUCUGGCUACGAAUGUGACGACGGCGGCCAGUGAGCCGAGCCAGAGCAGAAAUUACAAAAGUGCCAGGACGAAAAAAUAAAAAAAAAAUCCUCGACAGAUGCUCCUUCCCGUUACGCGAAAAUAAUCCAGUUGGGUCGCAUUUAUGUUUUUCGGUAGCGGAAGUACGGCAGAAAGUCUAGCAGUAUCGCUAUGAAUGCAGUGUGAUAGUGAGGGUUGGGUGCGGAAAUAAAAGUUUCUUCUGUACCCUUCCUAGUUUAUCGCGUCCCUGGCGGCAAUCCAUUCAAGUGAAACGAUGUGAUGUGAUUCGUGUGGUGUUUUUUUCUCUCUAUCUCGCUCUCGGUUGUUAGUUGGAAGAAUAUUGUGCAAACCAAGUCACUAGCAGUAGUCGGACGAGCAAGUUUUUUUUGUAGUUGUUCUCAUGUCUUCAAGAUCUUAGCAAAGGAUCUGUGACCUCUAUUCGGUGCUUGCUUGCUAGUUCGCGCUAGUUUCGUGUGCAUGUGGGGAAAAAAAGUUUUUCCGAAAAAAAAAACAUUGUUCAUAGUCGGUUGAGUUGUGCUGCGUACAUUCUCCGACUUAUGUCGGAUUGAUUUCCGAACAUUUCAACAUAAUUUCACCAUCGAGUUCAAAAGCCAGCAAGGCAGCAAAAUGGACAUCGAGCUCAUCGACAUCCGGACGCUCGGAUAUUUGUCCAGCACAAGCACGGUGGUGUCGGCAACAACAAUAUGUAACCUGACGGCGGUGGCGAAUCAAACCGAUGGAACCGGCGAUGCAGGCGGAGCUGGUGGUGGCGGUGGAGGCCGUGGAAGCGGACCCGACGAUCCCGGCGAUGAUGAUGGCGACGUUGAUGCGUUAUCUCCCCUAUCGAUGUCGUUCCUCGGUGUUUUCCUGUCGAUUGUGAUAUUUCUCUCUGUAGCCGGUAAUAUUCUAGUAUGCAUAGCAAUCUACACCGAGCGAAGUCUGCGGCGGAUCGGGAACCUAUUUCUAGCGUCACUGGCCAUUGCCGACCUAUUCGUGGCGUCCCUGGUGAUGACGUUUGCCGGAGUUAACGAUUUAUUGGGUUACUGGAUCUUUGGAGCCCAGUUCUGCGACACCUGGGUGGCAUUCGAUGUCAUGUGUUCAACCGCUUCCAUCCUGAAUUUGUGUGCCAUCUCGCUGGACAGAUACAUUCACAUCAAGGAUCCGCUCAGGUACGGGCGCUGGGUGACGCGUCGAGUCGCCAUCGGAACCAUCGUCGUCAUCUGGCUGCUGGCGGCGCUAGUGUCGUUCGUGCCGAUCUCCCUGGAUCUGCACCGGGACAAGCGGGACGAGACGGACACCUCGCUCAUCAUCAACGGCGUCAAGUACGAAACGUGCGCCCUGGACCUGACGCCAACCUAUGCCGUCGUUUCUAGUUGUAUAAGUUUCUAUGUACCUUGUAUAGUUAUGAUCGGGAUCUACUGCAGGCUCUACUGCUACGCCCAGAAGCACGUCAAAUCGAUACGAGCGGUGACGCGACCGGGUGAAAUCAGCGAAAAACGCUAUCGCAGCAUACGGCGACCGAAACCGAACAAGAACAAGCUGAAACUACGCCAGCUGGCCCAUCAGGCCAGCUCACCGUACCACGUUUCGGACCACAAGGCGGCCAUCACGGUGGGCGUCAUCAUGGGUGUCUUCCUGGUUUGCUGGGUGCCGUUCUUCUGCGUCAACAUCAUUGCCGCCUUCUGCAAGACCUGCAUCGGUCCGCAGACAUUCAAGGUGCUGUCCUGGCUCGGAUACUCCAACUCGGCGUUCAAUCCAAUCAUCUAUUCGAUCUUCAACACCGAGUUCCGGGCGGCGUUCAAGCGAAUCCUGACGACGCGCAGUGCCUGGUGCUGCGGACAGGAAAUGGGUAAUAUCUAUCCACGGCACAGCGAUCGCUACGUGACGGACUACGCGGCCAAGAAUGUGGUCAUGAACUCCGGCCGGUCGUCGGCUGAUCUGGAGCAGGUAUCGGCCAUCUGACCCUACUAGAAUAACAUCAACAACACCCAGGUGUAAAUGGGGAGCAGCUACCCACACUGAGUGUAUAGAAGAGGAUUUCUUUUUCGUUCCGUUCGGUGGAAGAAAACGGAUGUGGUUAGGCCAAUGUUUUGUUUCCGUUUGUGUUGUGAAGGGUCGGUGAGAUUUCUGGGUCAGGGUACUAGGGCACAAAACUGUGGUUCUGUGGUAAACUACUUGUAUUCAGUUCAAGCUUUUGUUUUAUUUAUUUUAUUUAUUUAGUGAAGUAUUUAAGCUUAAAGAGCUUUUCAAACAGCUAAAGUUACUACCUGAAUAAACGAGCAGAACUCAUACGCAUGAGUUGUCGCUAUCUAGUCGCUGUACUAGUAGUUAAAAUUGCACAGCUAUGCAUUGAAAAAUCGAAGACGGUACGUCAGAAACAGGAUGUACUUCUACAGUGAAUCAUUUGAACAAACCUGAUAUAAAAACCAGGUUCGAAAUUGACUAGUUUUUCAGUUCAACAACGUUGAAACUAGGUUCGAAACUAAUGUCAAAUAAACGGUUUGACAGCAGUUAGGGCGGAAACUGGAUUAGGUUUUGCAUCAAGCGAAAAUGACAUAAAAAAAACGAAACAAACUCACACGUAACGUAAAUCCUAGCUUGCUUUGUUUUCUUGGGUAAUGACAGAAUAUUACAUCUAUCGACAUGUGAUAUUAGAUUUUGUGUCUAUUUCUUUGUGAAAUUUAGCUAAACUGGUAGAGAUAUUAAAGAAAUGUAUCUUUUUCACAUACUUCGGACGUUCCUUUUAUGCGGAUCUACCGAGACGCACCACAUGUUCUUUGUUUUUGUAGUGCGGAGAUAUCGCACAGACUUUUUAAUUCAUUACUGACUUAUGAGUGACUAAGGUUUUUAUUUUUUCAGUCAAGAUAACUGAGCGUAUUGAAACCCAAAUGCGUUAGAAAUUCGCUUUCAUUAUGUGCUGAAAAAAUGCACUUAGUUUCCAAAACAUGGACAGAAAAUACGUCACUCUGUAUACCAAAACAAUGUAAUUAAUUAACGGUCCUCAACAGAAACAAUACUUAUGUCAAUCCAAUGGAUGGUGGAAUCGUUACAUCAAUCCAAUUGAAAUGAAAACUUUUCGAAGGAAAUUUAAAUCGUUUUUGCUUGUGAAAACUGAAACUGACCCAAGGUAAUUUAAUCAAGUAACCACUUUACCCGAAACUGUUUUAAGUUUGCACUCAGCAACGGGGUUUUAAAAUCAGGUUCGAAACUGACUAGAAUUGGUUUUUAACAAACGGCUUGACAGCCGUUAGUGUGGAAACUGGGUUAGGUUUGGCAUCAAGCGAAAACGGCUUUGACGUUCCAGACAUUAACAUAGUAACCGACGCUUAGAAUUUCAGAGAAGAAUGCACAUAUAAAAUAGUGUUCUAUUUGGAGGAAAAAUAUUGUCAAAAUGAGAAAAUGUUUACAAAUUUGGGUAAGAACUCAUUCCGAACUGGAUAAACAUUUUUGUUAGUGUUAUUGCAACUACAGAGCAAUAACACUACCAAAAAUGUUUAUCCAGUUCAGAGUGAGUUCCGAAUCAAAUCCGAAAUGGGCGAUGAAUUUUCAGUCGGAAUUCUCUGUGCAAUUCAAUAUUAAUUCCAAAUCAAUUCUUAGAGUUUUCUCUACAAUUGUGGCAAAUCAUUGGAAAUCACCUAUUACAGGAUCGGUUCCUGUCCUAGGUCCAACUGUUAGUCCACUUUCCGAGCCAGUUUCGUACCAACCUCAAGCUGGUUAAAAAUGACAUAAGCAAGUAUAAGUUGUUAAAAUUAAUAUUACUGCAGGGUGGCAUAAAAAGUGUUGUCAGUAUCGUCAAUAAGAAUUUAGAUAUUGCACAAUGCUCCGAAACGGGAAAUGGCGAGACAAAAAUAUUUUCGCUAUUAAAUAUUAUUUUGUUGCAGUUGAUGUCUUCACCAAAGUUGUUUGCAUUCAACUUUUUCGGAGUAAAAGUAGAGUGGCUCUCGUAAAGUCACUUUUUGUUCUAACUUUUAUGUGAACUGUUUUACAAGAAAAUCGUCUUCCGAAGAUUUGUCAAGCCAAUUAUUGCGCACAAUUUUGCUCAACUAAGAUUUCAACUAUAAGCUACCAUUCAAAAGUUUAGUUUUUUUUUCGUCAAAAAAUAUUCAACCUUCUAAUAAUGCCAGAUCGAUAAAAUAUACCAGUAUUUUUCGCCAAAACUAAUCUUAUACGGUUUCUGAAAGGUAAAAUAAGCCAUAUAACUCUUAACCACCAAAACGUGGCAACUGUUUGACGUCGUUUCCAAAUUCAAGAUGGCGUCUUUCGGAUAUUCUAAACGCCUUGAAAAUUGUUACAAAACAAGUAUAUUCGGAACAGGCUUGAUAAGUAGAUGUUUCAGGUCGUUCCUAAAUUUAAAUCGGUGACUUUUAGUUAAUCUAUAUUCCAUGAAAAUCAUAACAAUAUGAGUAUUUCUGACAGGGUGUGUGAGAAAUUCUGGCAGCCGGCAGAGGCUGGCAAGAUUCCGGUAGCUGUCAAAAUUUUGCAGGCGAAAUUGCGUAAUUCUAUCGCCACGUCAUAUCUUGAAAGAUAUUCGUCAAUCCUUCAUGUACAUCCAAAAAUGAAAACGAGUCUUGAAACCAAGUGAAUGAAAUGAAAAUACUGGUAUAUUAAGAGAAGAAGCUUUGCAUAUCAUGUUUGGUAGUGCAAAAGCUAUGUUAUUGCCCUUUACUUAAACUCGUAAUGGAAAAAAUAAAACCAAAGAAGAAACGAUUCAAAACGGUCCUGCCAGUAUUGUACGAGUCUUGUAUGGGAAAAAUCCGGCAAAAACAGAACUUUUAAUAACGGCUAAGCAAAAUUCUUUGCCGGAAACGGCUGAUGCAUUAUUGCCAAAAUUCUGCCAGAACACCGGCAAACCCUUCUAGCAGACUCUACCAAGAACAUGCAAGCGGUAUAUCAUGAAACGAUUUUUGAGGUCGUUUUUAACUUCAAAAUCCGAAUAAUCGAAAUACCUUAAAAGCCAUUACAGUAAGCAUUUUCGGAACGGGUUUGAUAAGUAAAUGAUAACAAAAUGAUGUUUGAGGUCGUUUUGAAAUCAAAGAUGUUGACUUCCAGUUAUUCGACUGCCAUUGAAAACCAUUCCAAUAUGCGUGUUUCCGAGACGCGCCUUAUAAGUACGUGUUAUAAAACGAUGUUUGAGGAAGUUUCGAAAAACAAACUUGCGACUUCCGGUUUAUCGAAAUACCUUAAAAACCAUUACAAUAUGAAUAGUAUUUUGUUCUUGCAACCGUAUUCCAUUCUGCACACAAAUAUCAUGACUUUAACAAAUAUUAUUAUGGUAUGAAAAAAAUAUUGUUCACCAAUACUUUUACAUUUAUUUUUUCCAGCUUCUAUUCAUCGUCACCUUAAAAACUAUUACAAUAUGGACAUUUUCGAAACUUUUUCUUUUCAUAAAUACGUUUAUUUCAUAGGUAUAUUACAUAAGUUUUUCUUCGCCGUGGCAUCCACAGUACAUAGUACUUUAAACCUAAUACAUUUCGAAUAUAAUAUUAUUAUGUUGGUAUUCAUAAAUUAAUCUAAAUACUGUUUUUAUCAAUUUUUCGAAACUGAUGUGAUAUGUUAUCGUGUUCCACAUAGAGCACGGUUUUGUUUUUUAAUGUGAUAAUACAAUUUUCAAGGGACACUGCGAUGGUUCUAGAUAUUCCGAAGACACACGUUUUUGUUGUUGUUGUUAAUAACAGUUCAACUGCAUUGAAUUGAAUGUAUACUACGUUAUAGGUUUUGUUCAGUCAAAUGCCUGUGUCUAUAACAAAGUUUUCAUAUAUUUGAGAAGUUGAAUUUUACAUUGCUUGUAGUUAACAGCGACUGUAUUUCCCGGUGACAGAACCUUUUGUUCGCUAAGUUUACUCAUUUCAAAAUCGUCUUAUUGCUCACUCAACAGCACUAUGUUGUGAUUUUUAUAGAUUGUGCCGGAGAAAGCGGCAUGUUUUGCACAUGCCAAUUUUUUGUCAGCCUAACAGAACAUGCACUCAACCAAAAAAGCUCUUGAGUGCUUCUCAUUUAAACAGGAAUUUUCGUGUAUGACGUUAAUUUUCAAAAACGCGAUUCGAUGUUAUUUUCUAAAACUUAUUGAGGUUGGUUGUCAUUGACUUAAUUUCAUCUUAACGCACUAAAUUUCCUUAGUUAAGUGGUUUUGAUUUUCGUUUCGUUUUGAUUAUAGAAGUGUGGUUGAAAAAAACAAAACUCAAGACAAAUUUAUGGAGUUUACUCAUCACUGCUCGCAGUGAAGCUGGUGCUACUGUGCCUCACUCAGCAAUCUCACCGUUCAAAUACUAAAACUAAUUUUACGCACAAAACACUAAUACGUAAACACAGAUAUAGUCACGAUUCCAUAACAAAAAGCAAUCUAAACACUAAGCUAGUCAAAUUCGGAUGAAGGAGGUAAACCAAAGGCAUGAACCCAGUCAAAUAAAGUAAAUAGCUAGGAAUCUAUCUAAGUAUGUUAACCCUAAAGGUCACUGUUUUCCCUGUACUGCAACACCAAAACCAAAAUCCUUCCAAUGUAUCAACACAUUUCAGAAAAGCAGGUCCGGAAAAAAACGAAACAUGUAAAUACUACAAAUUUUUUUUUCGGUACACACUCCGUACAAUGAAGCAAACAUUUAAUUUCGUUUCAAAUCAUUUUUUUUUCUACACUGCGAGAAAUUAGCAAUUGUAGAUGGCAAAGUAGUAUAAAAUCCCUCACUUAUCGAAAUUGUAGCAAAGCACCAGUGAAAGCCAUGGCAAACCACAAGCGCGGUGUGAUUCGGAAAAAAAUGUGCUCAAAAUGAGAUUGAUGUUUUUGCUGUUGUUGAUGUUCAAACGAGUAAACCAAAAGAACAUAUUUAGUAUAGAAAGCCGUACGAUGCAGUUCAACCAGCGAGAUUCCAUUGCAAACAGAAAAAAAAACGCGAAGGACACUUUCGUAAUUUGAUAGUAGGAAGCUAUAAUCUUGCGGUUAUUCACCGUCGUCCCAUUCCAGGAAUUCUUCUGUCAGUUUGAGUGUCAAAUCAGUUUCUUCACAUCAGCGAGCUACCGGCAACACUGAUUUUCUGCACGUUUAUUUGACAAACGUUUUUUAAUCUGAUCGAUGAUGAUUGAAAGCGUUGUAAUACGCUCGAAUUGAGAAUCAUGACCCUAGCAAAUUGUUGUGGAAAGAAAACGAUGUAAUGUAAUACCCAUUUUCUCCGCAAAAAGUUAAAUUCACAUAUCCUUAGCACUAAACAGGUCCAAAUCGUAUUCCAAAUACCAAAAUGAAAGAAAGAACGAUGAAAAUAGCUAAUCGUCUAAUGUUAGAAGCAAUUUCUUUGACACUAAUCAUAGGAUGUAGUAAGAAGAGCACUGAUAAUAGUUAUCAGUAUAGUGCAACUGCUGUGUUUAGCUGUUAAGUUUUAAACAUUUCAAAUGACAUACAACUAAAAUUCCGAAUAAACGAUCGACUCUCACAUAGGACACAUUCAUUCAAGAGACACUAUAAUUAUGCGAAAACAAGACUGAUUAUUGUUUAUUUACCAGAGCGUCGUGAUGUACGUAAGAAUACUACUAGUAGUGGAACAAAACCAAAAAAAAGUCUACUGUGAAAUAAAUUUAGUGAAUGGUACGUGUAGUGACCGGAAGUGAAAAGUAAACUUGAUAGAAACUAACGGACAAAUCGUGAAAGGAAAACUAAACCUGAAAAGAAAAUGUAGAAACAAAUAAUGAUUUAUUUAUAGAGAACAUCAAUUGAAUCAAAACUGCAAACAAAUUUCGUAUUAUGCUCACACGAAACUCAACGUGAACAAUCCAAAAGAUACCAGAUACCGAUACUACUGUUACUAAUUAGAUUCACUUACUGUAGAGUGGCGGAAAAAGAUAAUACAAAUACAGAGAUGGCGCGUCUAUUCCGCGUCCAACCAUUGAUGAAAAACAAAAGAGCUGAACUAAUCAAAUGUCUAAACUUUUUCCUACUACUAAGGAAAAACAAAAGGAUAUAAAUCGUCAAAAGCACGCGUAUAUUUUGUAAAAGGGAAUGCAUUUCCACGAACGGGAUCCACUGUGAAAAAUAGCAAAAAAAGAAAACAACAGAAGAAUGAUACAAAGUUCCAGCUGAAUAAUGUAAUGUUUAAUUAAUUAGGACAAAUUGUAACAAACCGACACACAGUCACGCAGAAAUAGGUCUAUGAUUGUUCUUUGUUGUGAAUAGUUUGUCGAUAAUAAAACAAAAACAAAACAAACCAAAUACAGAAACGAGAAAUACAAUUUGCAGCUUGAUUUGAAAA